CAAAUCCCUCUAUUCAAAGGAACAAUGGUGAGAGCCUGUGGUCUGCUAACUGCCCAAAAGGAACCAGUUCCUCUGAAGAGCAUUGAGGUGGAGCUGGAGGUGAGGGACCAUGUGGCUACAGUGGUCUCCACUCUGAACUACGAGAACAAGGAGGACAAACCAUUAGAGGCUGUUUUUGUCUUCCCUCUGCCUGGAGAUGCUGCUGUCUGUCAUUUCAGUGCUCAGAUUGGACAGACACAGAUUGUAGCUGAGGUGAAGGAGAAACAGAAGGCUCGUGAGGAGUAUGAUGAUGCUCUGAGCUCGGGUCAGCAGGCCUUCCUAUUGGAGGAGAGUGAUCAGAGUCCAGAUAUAUUCUCUCUGAGUGUGGGCAGUCUGCCUCCAGGAGAGAGCGCCUCCAUCAGGUUGGAGUACGUGACUGAGCUGGCUGUGCAGGCUGAUGAUGGUCUGAGGUUCUGUCUGCCUGCUGUGCUCAACCCUCGAUACCAGCCUCAGGGUAGUGAAGGUGCAGGUGUCCAGGUGACUUCUGUUCCAGCCUCUCUGGUGCCCUACAGUCUGUCUUUUUCUGCCCGAGUGUCCUCUCCUCGUCCAAUCUCUAAAGUAGAGUCCAACUGUUCCCUGGACCCUCUCCAGUACCUCAACACUGAUCAAACCCAGGCCACGGUCAAGCUGGCUGCAGGACACAAGUUUGACAGAGAUGUUGAACUGCUGAUUUAUUACAAAGAUGCCCACCAGCCCACUGCUGUGGUGGAGGCAGGACAGGCCUCUGCUGAGCCGGGCUCUCUGAUGGGUGAUUCAGUGGUGAUGGUGAGUCUGUACCCUGAGUUUCCCCAGUCUGUGACGUCUUCAGUGGCUUCAUGUGGAGAGUUUGUGUUGUUAAUGGAUCGAUCUGGAAGUAUGAGUAAUUCUCGCAUCAGCAGUGCCAGGGAUACUCUGCUGCUCCUGUUGAAGAGCUUACCAAUGGGCUGCUAUUUCAAUAUUUACAGUUUUGGGUCCAGAUAUGAACACAUCUUCCCUAAGAGUGUGGAGUACAGCCAGCAGACCAUGGAGGAGGCUCUAAAGACAGUUGUGCAGAUGGAAGCUAAUCUUGGAGGAACAGAGAUGCUGCAGCCCCUCAAACAUAUUUACAGCCAGCCCUGCAUUCCCAAUCAGCCUCGACAGGUAACACACCAGCUGUUUGUCUUUACUGAUGGAGAGGUGUGGGACACCAAAGAAGUGAUAGAUCUGGUGAAGAGGAACUCAGAUUCUCACAGGUGUUUCUCUUUUGGGAUUGGGGAAGGGGCCAGCUCUGCUCUCAUCAAUGGGAUGGCCAAAGAAGGAGGAGGUCACGCUCAGUUCAUCACAGACACUGACAGGAUGCAAGCAAAAGUGAUGCAGUCGCUGCGAUUUGCUCUGCAGCCGGCUGUGGUCGACAUCUCAGUCACAUGGGAUUUACCAAAGGAAGUGUCUGUCACUGUCCUCUCUCCACCAAUCACAGCACUUUUUCCAGGUCAAAGGUCACUGAUUUAUGCCCAGCUCAGUGGACAGAGCUCAGAGGCAGCAGAGGGCUGUGUGACGGUGAAGUACAGCCUGGCAGGUCAUCCCUCUGAGAACCAGCUGCACUUCAGUCUCAGACCUGCAGAGGACACUGGAUUAACAGUCCACAAGUUGGGUGCUCGGACUCUGAUUCGUUCCCUGGAGGAGGGAGAACACAGAGGAUGGCAAGACACAAAAGUGAAGGAGAAGGUGGUGCAGCUCAGUGUCCAAUCGGGAAUAAGCAGUUCACUGACUGCCUUCAUUGCUGUCUUCAAUAACAAUGGCGAGGCGAUUCAAGGACCUCUUCUGCACAAAAAUAUUUUAAAACAUGAUUACGUUGAUUGCACUCUGAGUUCUUACCAGGAUUAUGAAGAUCUCCAAGAGCCUUCCGUUCUUACCAUGGAUUACAUGUAUGCUGAUCAGGAAUCUUAUGAUUACGUUGGUUGCACCCUGAAUCCUUAUCAGAAUUGUGAAGGUUACAUGGAUGCUGAUCAGGAAUCUGGUGAUUACAUGGAUUGCGCACUGCCUCUUGAUCAGGAUUAUGAAACUUGUAGCUACAAACCUAGAAAUAAGUCUGACAGCAAGACAGGGGUAUUUACUCAGAUGAAGAAGAUACUAAGUGACUUUUGGAAAUCUUGUAAGACGGUGGCUGAUGGCGCUCUAAAAUCUGUGUCUGAAGGUAAUGCUAGAUCUUCUGUGUCUGAGCAGCAAACCAGAGAUCCUUUGCUGCAGUUAGUCUCCCUCCAGGAGGCAACUGGCAAAUGGUUGCUUGAUCCAGCUCUGCCUACUGCACUGGGAAAGACGAACGAGGAGGUGGAGAAGUCAAAGCCAGUAUUGGCCAACAAGGAAAUUUGGGCUACCAUUCUGGCUCUGAUCUGGCUUCAUGGUUUAAAGAUGGAUUCAAAGAAUGAGUGGGAUCUUCUGGCUAUGAAGGCUGCCUCAUGGCUCCGUGCUCAGAAUGCACCGUGGGUGACAGAGUGUGUGGAAGCUGCAAAUUUACUGUUGGGUUGCAGCGUGAUGAAAGAAGCUCUGGGACUCUGAGGGAUUUCUUAUGAACCCUUUUCCAAUAGUACCUACUUGAUUUGGGUCAGCACGGCUCAACUCUGUUUUUAGCCUUUUCCAUUAAGUGAUAGUAUCUGGUAGUGGAUAGUUUUUUAGUACCUCCUCAGCCGGGGUUCCAAGCGAUCCAUGCAAGUAGAAAAUGUGACAUCAACAGACUGCGUGCCACAAAUUGCUUGGUCAGAGGUGUCACUCGAUGAAUCAUGAGAGCGUCUCUUUAAUGACUAACCAACUAAACUGUCAUUUUUGAAACCUAACAACAAGGGCAAUGGCUACACUAAAGACAACACUGUGAUCACUGACUCUGCCAAAAAGCCACAGACUGAGCAACAGGUAUAACACUACCUUUCUUGUGGCGUUCGUGUCACAUACAAAUGAUAUUACAGUCAUGCCUGCUUACCUGAUGAAUGGUUGUUGUCUGCCACUAAUUUUAGUAUAUCACCUUUGUGAUUCAUUUUAAUACUUUGGUUCAAAAAUGUCGUGCAGAGAAAGGGACACUCCAAAACAAACAACAAACACAUCUCCCACUACUGUCCAAGUUGCGGCAUUUUUUUAUUUACUUAGUCAGUUAUUAGUUAUCGGUGCAAAAUCUCCACGUACUGACAAGUACUGUAAUUCUAUGAAUACAUCGAGAAGUUAAACAAGAGAAACUGUAUGCAGGUGGAUUAUGGCAGUUCUGUUUUUACAAUAAUAAAAAUCAAUAAUCAGCAAGUAAAAC